AUGAAGGCCGUCGCCAGCCACCAGUACCACGGCGUCCGUCCACCCUCGCCGACGCCGGCGACUAAGAUCUCCAUUCCCGUCUCCGCCGGCGGGGGCGCGGAGGCGGCGCUGCUCGGGAAGGGGCGGUACAAGGCGUGGGCCCUCGUCGCCAUCGCUCUCCUCGCGCUCUGGUCCAUGUUCGCCGCCUCCGUCACCCUCCGCUGGUCCUCCGGCGACCUUGCCGCCGUCCCCUGGGACUUGAGUAGUCCCCUCCUCGACGACCUCGACCCGCUCGACGGGACGGGGCACUCGCGGACCGUGCAGGGCGCCGUCGACAUGGUGCCCGCCGGGAACACGCGGCGGGUCAAGAUCCUCGUCAGGCCCGGGGUGUACAGGGAGAAGGUGACGGUGCCGAUCACGAAGCCGUUCGUGUCGCUGAUCGGCAUGGGGACCGGGCGCACGGUGAUCACAUGGAACGCGCGGGCGUCGGACAUCGAUGCAACGGGGCACCAGGUCGGCACCUUCUACUCCGCCUCCUUCGCCGUCGAGGCCGACUACUUCUGCGCAAGCCACAUCACCUUCGAGAACUCGGCGCCGGCCGCGCCGCCGGGAGCGGUGGGGAUGCAGGCGGUGGCGCUGCGGCUGUCCGGCGACAAGACCAUGCUGUACAGGUGCAGGAUACUGGGGACCCAGGACACGCUCUUCGACAACAUCGGGAGGCACUACUUGUACAACUGCGACAUCCAGGGCUCCAUCGAUUUCAUUUUCGGGAACGCCAGGUCCCUGUACCAGGGCUGCGCGCUGCACGCGGUGGCGACGAGCUACGGCGCGAUCGCGGCGUCGCAGCGGAGCUCGGCGUCGGACGAGUCGGGGUUCUCGUUCGUGGGGUGCCGGCUGACCGGCUCCGGCAUGCUGUACCUGGGCAGGGCGUGGGGCAGGUACGCCCGGGUGGUGUACGCCUUCUGCGACCUCGGCGGCAUCGUCGUGCCCCAGGGCUGGAGCGACUGGGGCGACCGCGCCAGGACCAAGACGGUGAUGUUCGGGGAGUACAAGUGCAAGGGGCCCGGGGCGAGCUCGCGGCAGCGGGUGCCGUGGGCGCGGGCGCUCACCUACGAGGAGGUGCGCCCCUUCCUCGGCCGGGACUACAUCAAUGGCGAGCAGUGGCUCCGGUUGUAG